GUUCUCGCUCCCCCGUCCAAUCACUUGCUAUCCCGCAUUAUGGACAUCAAGCGCACACGGAAGGUGGCAGCUUCGCCCUCCUCGGACACAGAGAGCGAUCCCCAGGCGGAUAUGGCGGCUUCUUCAUCUUCUCCGAUUUCUCUAGGUAAACGCGCACAAGAUGACGCACUAGCGUCAGAGGACGCCAAGAAGCAACGCAAGCAAAAGCCCAAGGCUAAAAAGGAUCAUGACGUAUCAGAAGUUCCGUCUGUUGCCAAGAACGAGGCCGAACAGGUGACGGCUGUACUGACGGACGCCGCACAGCCCGUAGAAAUGGUUAUCACGAACGAGGAGGCCGUGGGACUCAACGCCGCGGUCGCAGCUUCAACAGAGCAAAUACAGGAGCAGGUAGCGGCCCCUCCACCGCCUAAACCGCGGAAAGGAAGACGCGUCCGCAAGACCAACUUGGAGAAGAUGGAGAUCUUGGCUUUUGUGGACCAGGGAGGCUCGCAGGGAGCUGCAGCCGAGAAAUUCGGCGUGUCACGCACCGCAGUGACCAAAAUGGUGAAGGAACGAGCAGCUAUUUCCGCCCAGGCGCUAGUGGAGAGCGCUACAAGCAGUCGUAAGGUAUUGCAGUAUCAGCACAAACUUAGUGUCAUUGAAGAUAUGCUAUACAAGUGGCAGUUGCAGGUCGAGUUGGAUGCACCGGGACUCAAAGUCACAGGAGAGCUGCUGCAGUCCAAAGCUAUGGAGUUCCGUAACAAGAUCUUGGCGGAUUAUAGCAGCGAGCUGUCUGAUGAAGUGAUCAUGUCGCUCACGGACUUCAAGGCGUCCAAUGGAUGGCUACACAGGUACAUGCAGCGACGCAGCAUGCGCUCACUCCCGAAGCACCACACGCCAGCAGGAGCGACUUCGAUAACUCCAGAUAGAAUGACGUAUGACCAGCGUGUCCAAAAAAUACGUGAAAUGCUCAUGAACGUAGCGCCGACUUGCAUCUGGAGCCUGGACGAACUGAUACUACGACACCGCACGACGUCAGCGAGGCUGGACUCGGUCGUUAAUAUGGACGUGCGUAGUCUCGAGCGUAUUUCAGUGGCGAUGGCAGUGAGUGCAUCGGGGGAGAAGUUGCAUUUGCAAGUCGUUGGCAAAGACCCGAACCCGGACUCUAUUAAGGACGUGGACACGUUAACGACUUACGGUGUGCAGUAUCGUGACCACUGUCGCGCCACACACGACGCGCCUACGAUCGCGGAUUUCAUCCAGGCUAUGAAUCACGAAGCAACGGCGAGAAAGCAGAUCUGGUAUCUGGUUCUGGACAGCUGUACAGCUCACGUUGCCGCUGCCCAUUCGCUGAAUCCGUCGGGAUCGUUUCGAAAUGGCUUCAGCUUCGACUCCAUAGUGCUGCUGUUCUUACCUCCUGGACCCACGAGUGACGCACAACCUCUUCACCAAGGAAUCUUCCGAUCAUUCAAGUUACGCUUUCGUCGUGAGAUGUUGCAGACGCUGCUUCACGAAUACGAACAAUGGGCCGCGACGUCAAAGCCUAUUCAACAACAGGGACAGAACGAGGCGAUUCAUGAUGACGGUUCUCCUGUAAUUGACGCCUUCGAUGUCCAUGCGCACACUCAUAUGCGGAAUACGCUGAGCUGGCUGCACACGGCGUGGGAAUCAGUACCUUCUUCUUCCAUUCGACACGCAUGGGCCGCUUCCUUGUACUUGUCAGCACCCGAACCCGGCGACGGUGAAGUCAAUGCAGCUUUGAUCGAAGAGGAUGACAACAAAGCGUACGCAGAACUUCUGUCCCAACUAACAAAAGUUCCAGCACUUCAGAAGACGCUCGGACUGGAUUUCACGGAGAACUCCAGUCAAUUUAUGCUGGAACUGCUGGAUUUUGACAAGUCCGAGUCUAACGGAGCGGAUGAGCUUGUCAAAGACAACGAGAUCGUCGUGGAGAGUUUAGCUGCUCAGGGAUUGCUCCGUGACACGCAGAGGGCAUUGGCGCUGGAGAGUUUUAAGGGUGAAGACCUACCAGUGCUUACGGCGAGCGAGGCUAACUCGACAGUAUCUCGGCUACUACAUUUUAUGUCGCAGGAGAACGAUAACCUGUUGACACUAUCGGAGCGACGAACAGGACGUGCGAACUUGUUGAUUUUACAGCGUCUGAUGCUAAAGGCUCGUGAGCGAGAACGUGAGAGGGAAGCCGCCACCGACUUUACUGUAUAGCGACAAAACUUGAUAAUCUACGGUGGUUGCCGAUGUCUGCUGGAUUGGGGGCGCAGAUACCGGAAUGGACUGAAUUGACAUGAUGCUGUCAGCUCUCGGCGGGAUCGCCUGCCUCGGCUUCUUUAUUCUUGAGAAGUACAGGUGCUGAGCUAAUUCGUGUCACGCUCUUUCCGCUGGAGUUUGUCGAAAUCGGUGGCAACUUCUUGGUGUGUGAAGGACUGGACUCCAUCCCACCGGAUCGACCUGCCCACUCGGCUUCUUUACGAGCUUGGCGCUUGGCUUCUUCUUGCCGUUUCUUUCGUUCCAGGGCAACACGUUCACGUUGUCGCUUCAACGCAGCAGCAGACAACGGUCGUCGCAAGAAGAGCCGGUUGCUACUGUCCCGAUCGUUUACCGAGGCCAUGGGCUGCAUGCCAGCGUCUCCAUUGAUGCCUGUCAGCUUCAACUUGAGUGUGCUGCCCAGUCCUGUUGUCGAUAAUUGUCCAGCAGUGACACGCGGAUCGUCCGCGAAGUCAAUCAGAAGACUGGUACUGGCACUGCUGGUGUCUGCUUCCGUCUGCUCUCGAACGUCCACGACGCAGACAGUCUCGACGCCAAUAAGUGACGCAUGAGUUGGCCCGGAGCUCCCCAGCGUUGCAGCACUGGAGAUUUGUGCGUUAACAAUGGCGGCCUGAGACACUGGAGAUGUAGUGCCGAGUGCUUCGAUCUUACCACCAGCGUGUACAUACACGUGCUUGAUACGCUCAUUGCGCUCCAGUGCCUCUGCCAGCACCUUGAUGCCGUCUUUGCCGAUCUGGUUAUUCCUCAAGUCAACUUGACGCAAGCGACAUGAUGAAAUAUUCAACACUGCUGCAAUGGCUCGUGCUCCUUCACUGGAGAUGGCGUUGCCUCGCAAUUGAAGUUCACGGACAUUGGUAGCGUUACGCAAGAGAGCAGCAAUGGCGUGCACUUCUUCGUCCCCCACCCCACUCUCAGGGAGCUUCAAAAUGCCAGAAUUACGCUCAUCACUUAAAUCCGUAGACACUGUCAGGGCGCGAGACUUGACUUCGUGCACAUACCGCAGCAACGUCUUGCGCUUCGCGUCUUCCUCAGUGGUCAAUCGUUCCUGCAUCCAGCGAAUUUUUCUGGACAAGUGUCCGAUUUGGUCAUCUUUUGCUGCGAGCUGCUCCUUGACAUCCGCUACAGCGUCUUCACAAGUAAUGAUGGUGGUGAGAAAAGCUGCGAUGCGUUCAACAAGGAGCUGCUUGGUGUUCAGACUCUUCUGCGCGCGCUUGAGGAACGUGUUGACACCCAUUCGUUCGAGAAAGUCGAUGGACUGUUGCUGAGCUUUUGGGCUGAAGUUAGUUCGUCUGGCUUUAAUGAGUAACAGACCACCGUGUGAAGCUCGACAUUCCACAAAGAAUCGACCAUUUGCUACUGCUGCUGUAUCGUCUGGAUGCGUAGCUUCUCUCUGAUGUGCCUCCUGGUUGUUAUCAGCUCCUGUGGCCAUCGGUAUGCCGGACUGCUCCAUAGCCAGCGCCACUUCGGCCAUUUUCUUCUGAGUGGCUUCAAAUUUGAUCGUUUGUGCGUCCAGUUCAUCCUGUUUACACCUCAGAGCUUCAGUAACCACACGGUUGCUCUCAGCAGUUGAGUGGAGCUUGUGUGCGAGCUCUGCUCCUUUCUCCUGCAAGGUUGUGAGUUGCGCCUGAAGCUUCUUCGUUUCUUCUUUACUAACGAUUUUGGCUUCUUCAUCCGCUUGCAUCUUGUUGAGCAGGAAGGCUACACGAGAACUCAUGGUCUUGAUCUUUUCCUCGAGUUGUUUACGCUCAUCUGCUUCCCUCAGCUUCGCCUUGACCUCGUCACUACAGCGUAACGACAGCUGGGCGUUGUGCUUCUUCAGUGCUUGAAGCUGUUCAAGCAGCACUUUCUUGUCCAGUUCGGACUUGACGCGUGCUUUACCUUCCUGUGUGCCUUCUUUGAGCAGUCGAGCGUUCUUCUUCUUGAGUGCAAGCAGCUCAACCUCCUUCUGUUUAAGUCCGUCGAUGGCCUUCGUCUUGCCCAGUUCAGCCAGCUUAAGACGUUCCAGAAGUUGGAAGACCUUUUCGGCCAUUUCUCGUAGUUGAUCGGCAGAGUCGCGGUUUUCAGCCUCCAUGCGUGAACGUUCCUGUUCUGCCUUGUCGAAUCGAGUCUGUAAUUCGUGCUUAUCACGUUGCAAGUUGCCAUUCUCGAUGAAGAAGUUCUUGUUGGCGUCAAUCUGCGCGCGUUUGGCCUUGGCUUCGAGUUGGACCUGCGUCUCAAGCUCCUGGUUACGAGCGUGCAGCUUCCUGGCUUUGUCUUCAGCGGAUGCGAGUUGAUCGUCGCUCUGUCGCUUGGCUUCUUCAAGUUGUUGAAGCUUUUCCAAGAGCUGGUACUGCUUCUCCUUGCGUACACGAAGCUGCUCCUGUAAGGCUUCUAGUUCCACUUGUGUCUUCAUCUUCAUCUCGACAUUGCACGCACGUAGCUGGUCACUUUCGUUCCGUAGUAAACGCACUUCUUCAGCUCGCAUUUGACCUUCACGAGUUGCACGAGUGGCGAUCUCUUCGUGGGUCUUGGCAGAUGCCAAUAAAGAGGCAUAACGCGUCUCUAAUGCCUCGAGAUCUGACUUGAGUUGGGUUGUUCUUAAAGCUAAAGACGAACUCUGUGCUUCCUCGUGCUCUAGAAGACGGAGCAGCUCUGUGUUAUGGUCGGUUAGUACUCUCACUUGAGUCUCGCGCUCCUCAAUGCCAGUCUAUCAUGAAAC